GUCACUUUCCCGCUUCCAUCCGAGUAAAUUCAAUGAUGACGACAAGACAAGAUGUCCAGAUUACCAGUAUACUGGAAAAGCUCGAUAUCGAUCUGAUCAAACUAAAGCAUGAUUAUGAAACACAAGGAUACGUAAUCAUGGACGGAAUAUUCGCUGAGCAAGACCUGAAAGCAUUACAAAAAGCAGCACAUGAAGUUGUUCAAUUGACAAGGCAAGGUAAUUGGCCACAUAGACGAAUUGUUGGAAAACAAUUUCCACCUUUUGAUAAAGUACAAUCAAACGAUUCUUGGGGCGUUCAACAUCUCAUGCAUCCUGAUUUACCAAAUCAUACCUUGUUUACUAAAUUUUAUGCUUCUUCACCUUUAUUGGACGUUGCAUGUUUCUUAUUAGGAGUACAGGAUGAACAACAGCUACAAUUGGAAUUAUUCAACCUUUUGAUCGAACCGGAAAAGCAUUCAUUCGCUCUAGGAUGGCAUAGAGAUGAUGUCCGAGCUGAUGUGACGCAAGAAGAAGAAAAGACUCGUUUAGCAGCUCCCACUCAUGGAAUCCAAUGGAACGCAUGUUUAUAUGAUGAUGAUUGUCUAUUCGUCGUACCCGGAACACACACUAGAAUACGAGAUGAAGCAGAACGCAAAGCAAACGCAGAAAUACCACCGGCCGCAAAACCAUUCAAAGGAGAAGAUGAUUCUGGAUUUGAUGGUGAUUGGGAAAUUGAUCCGCCUACAACGUUACGUGUAAGGCUAAAAGCUGGUCAAACUGCUUUUUAUUCACAAAGAAUUUUACAUCGGGCUUCUUAUCUUCCUUCUCGUCAUAGAGCGACCUUGCAUGGCUGUUAUGGCGAAGUGGGCUACGCUAACAGCCAAGAUGAGCACAGCACUUCAGCCAGUGAACGGGCUAGAAAUGUCUUGCAACAUGGGGUUGAAUGGAUGAAAGAAGAUGCAUUCGGACAACAAUUACCAGAGAGAUUAAAGCCAAUGUGGAAGAACUUACUCGUUAUGAGUGAGAAGAAUAGACCGGAAGAUUUGGGUUACAGUCUGGACGGUUGAUUGGAUGUACUGCUUCUAUAUGCAUUUGUAUACUACUUCAUCUUUGGAUUCAAUCAUUGCACUUAUUUACCGCG